UGGGGCACACAAAAACCCUAGCCCAAUUUUGCCACAAGAGAGGCACUAUCGUCAUUUGAUAGCGCACCUCCCCACGCGCACAAAAACCCUAGCCCCCGAAUCCCUUGCUUCCUUCGGCAACUCAGACACCCUCAAACCCUAGCCCCCCAUCCCUUGCUUCCUUCGGCAACUCAGACACCCUCCGUUUCCUGCGAUCCCCUUCCACCUACCUCAGCUCAUCUCCCAUGGCUUCAGAAAAGAAGCUCUCAAACCCCAUGAGAGAAAUCAAAGUCCAGAAACUCGUUCUCAACAUCUCCGUGGGUGAAAGCGGCGAUCGCCUCACUAGAGCCGCCAAGGUGUUGGAACAGCUGAGUGGCCAAUCACCUGUCUUCUCCAAAGCAAGGUACACCGUACGAUCCUUCGGUAUCAGGCGUAAUGAGAAAAUUGCGUGCUAUGUGACCGUCAGGGGCGACAAGGCGAUGCAGCUGCUCGAGAGUGGGUUGAAGGUUAAGGAAUACGAAUUGUUGAGGAGGAACUUUAGUGACACAGGCUGCUUCGGCUUUGGAAUUCAGGAGCAUAUCGAUCUUGGUAUCAAGUAUGACCCUUCCACUGGUAUUUAUGGUAUGGACUUCUAUGUUGUUCUGGAGCGCCCAGGAUAUCGUGUGGGUCGCCGCCGCAGGUGCAAAUCCCGUGUAGGAAUCCAGCAUAGAGUUACGAAAGAGGAUGCAAUGAAGUGGUUCCAGGUCAAAUAUGAGGGAGUCAUCCUUAACAAGGCCCAAACAAUCACAGGCUAGAUAGAACACCUACAAUGUAGGAUUACCUUUUGCUGUUUUAUGUGGGUGAGUAGCUGUGUUACCUAAAGAGAUUCUUAGUUACAGGGUUGGAAAUACCAUUUCCUAUGUUUUUGUUCUUUUAACUCUUUAUGCACUUUCAUUUACAAGUAGAUAAAGCUGUUUUGUCCAAUUCAGCUGUAACUUUGCAUUCAUCCCUGAUCUAUUAUUGGCUUUAGAGACUACAGGUAUGUUUUGGUAUCCCGGCUGCUGCUUUGAAUAUCGAUGCUUAUUUUUAGUUAGAAUGCUUUGAUGAUGGCUGGCUUGAUUGGAUUAAUGCUGAUUUGAUCAUUUAAUAAAGCAUCCAUUUCCCAUGGAGACUU